AUGGGUUGGGGAGGUGGGUUAUCGGAUCGGGUGUGUGUAGAUGCGCAAUUCGUGUUCAAACUGCCUGAGAGGAUAACGUCAGAAAUCGGGGUUGCUUGGCAUGCUGUCGAACAGUCGGCCGCCAAAGCAGGGGACAACAUCUUGGUUAUCGGCGCCGGCCCGAUUGGUUUGGCCAUUCUCCAAUGCCUGAAAGCCUUGGAUACUGCCCAGGUGAUCGUUGCUGAAGUUGUUCAGGAUCGAAAGGACUUAGCUCUACACUUUGGAGCUACGGCGGCGAUCGAUCCGACGGACGAAGAUAUGGUCUCCAGAUGCAAGAUGCUGUGCAAUGGUCAAGGCCCUGAUGUUGCUUUUGACUGCGCCGGAGUAGCUACCAGUAUCAAGUCUGCGUGUCUAUCAGUUCGCAGCAGGGGAACGGUGGUGAAUGUUGCCCAGUGGGGUAAAGAGAUUCCCUUCAACCCGGACAAUCUGUUGGUUGGGGAAAAGAGGCUGAUUACAGCGCUGAGUUACACCAGUGAGGACUUCGAGCGAGUUAUUGACGCGCUGGAUAAAGGAACAAUCGAUGCGGAGAAGAUGAUCACGCGUACAAUCUCGAUGGAUAGAGUGGUGGAGGAUGGUAUUCUCGCACUGCUACACGAGAAGGAUAAACACAUCAAGAUACUCGUCGAUGUCAGAAAGUAG